AUGUUGUCUUUCGUCUCGGCUGCGUUCUCGCCAGCUCCAGAAGGUGCACCACAGCGGCCUCCUCGGUAUCUCGGGGAGGACACUACACCGACGAGUCGCCGAGAGAUCCUGGGCUGGUAUUCGUAUGGGAUUGCGGCGGAGGUUUUUGCCGUCUGCGGCGUAGGCUCGUUUCUACCGUUGACGCUGGAACAAUUGGCUCGUGAACGCGGCACCCUCCAAAAGAGCCACCUCCCAUGCACCGGUCCCGCGGCGGGCAACAGCACGGAUGGCGCUGACGGGCAGUGUGUGGUUCCGGUCUUCGGUCUUGAAAUCAACACGGCGAGCUUCGCUAUGUAUACUUUCUCGCUGGCAGUGCUUAUUCAGGCCUUGACGUUGAUCUCGUUCAGCGCGCUGGCAGACUACGAAAACAAUCGCAAAACCUUACUGAUGGCCUUUGGGUUUGCCGGCUCCCUGGCCAGUAUGCUCUUUGUGUUCAUUGCGCCGCCCGUUUUUAUCCUCGGUUCUAUCCUCGUGGUCGUCGGUGUGACCUGUCUCGGAUCCUCAUUCGUCGUUCUCAAUUCAUUCCUCCCCGUACUGGUCGCCAAUGACGCUUCGCUCCAGGACAGCAAGGCGCAUGAAGGGGCGGAGUUAUCGAAUCUGGACCCGGACGACGGUUCAGAGUGGAACGCCUGGAGAGACGACGAUAACGAUAGCUUGGAUGGACUGCAGGCAUCACAUCAGCCUGCUCGCUCGCCGGAGGAGGGCCAGGGGACUGGAACUUCCCCAUCCUCCUCGCCGGAGCUGCAGCUAUCCACGAAGAUCUCGUCUCGGGGUAUCGGUCUGGGGUACUGCGCCGCGCUAUUUGUGCAGAUCAUUAGCAUCAUCAUGCUCCUCACGCUGUCCAAAACAUCUCUCGUCAAUAUAUCGGCUACGCUUCCCAUGCGCUUCGUCUUGCUUCUGGUCGGCAUCUGGUGGGGCGCAUUCACGCUGGUCACCCGGAAUCUCUUGAAGACCCGACCGGGUCCUCCGCUCGACAGUGUGUCGACCCAAGGUGCCGCGCGCUGGCGAGCCUGGCUCCGGUUGGUGGGCUUUGCCUGGAAGUCUCUAUGGCAGACCGUCAAAGUUGCGAUGCAGCUGCGGGAGAUUCUCAUCUUCCUCGUGGCGUGGUUUCUGCUCUCAGACGCCAUCGCCACUGUCUCUGGCACGGCGAUUCUGUUCGCGCGCACCGAGCUCAAGCUGAGCACGCCCCUCGUGGGCCUUCUUUCCAUCACGGCGACCGUCUCCGGGAUGGCGGGCGCGUUCCUGUGGCCGCGGGUGUCGCGACACUUCGGUCUGCAGUCGAAUCACACCAUCAUCGUCUGCAUUGUCUUGUUCGAAAUCGUCCCGCUCUAUGGGUUGCUGGCCUACGUCCCUUUCAUCAAAAACUGGGGGGUCAUUGGAUUGCAGCAGCCCUGGGAAAUCUUCCCGCUUGCCAUCGUGCACGGCGUGGUGUCGGGGGGGUUGGCGUCCUAUUGCCGAUCCUUCUUUGGUCUGUUGAUCCCGCCCGGGAACGAGGCCGCUUUUUACGCCCUCUACGCCGCGACUGACAAAGGGAGCUCGUUCAUUGGUCCCGCAAUUGUGGGCGUUCUGGUGGACGCGACCGGUCAAGUCCGGAGCGGGUUUUUCUUUAUUGCCAUCCUGAUCCUUCUGCCCAUUCCCCUUGUCUGGCUUGUUAACGCGGACAAGGGUCGCCGCGAAGGCUUGGCUAUGGCUGAGACCCUGAAGUCACAUGGUGCGGAAGAUGAGGAGGCGGAGGGCCUGUUGGGCCGUCGAUGA